AUGGAUAUGCACAAACUUUUACUAUGUGUUCUUGGUCUCCUCUUACUUGCAGCCUUCCCAGUUACUGCAAAAGCAACACCACUCACCGUUCAUGGCCUGGGAAAUCUGAGAAGAAGCCUAGCAGAAGAGGAUUCCAUUUUGAGCUCUCUGGAAACCUUUUACUAUAACCAAACAUUGGACCAUUUCAACUACCAACCUCAAAGCUUUGUCACUUUCCCACAAAGAUAUCUCAUCAACUCCAAAUACUGGGGAGGAGGCAACGAUCCAAUUUUUGUAUAUCUUGGUGGAGAAGACGUGCUUGAAGAUGAUAUAACCCUUUUUGGCUUUAUCCAUGAGAGUGCUCCUCGUUUCAAAGCUUUGGUAGUAUAUCUAGAGCAUCGAUUCUAUGGAAAAUCAGUUCCAUUUGUAUCACAAAGAGAAGUCCUCAACAAUAACACUCUGCGAGGCUAUUUUAACAUAGCACAAGCACUAGCAGAUUAUGCGGAGAUACUAUUAUACCUCAAACACAAGUUGUCUGCACCGUAUUCUCCAAUUAUCGUUAUUGGAGCCUCAUAUGGAGGGAUGUUGGCUGCAUGGUUUCGGUUAAAGUAUCCACAUGUGGCUGUUGGGGCCUUGGCAUCGUCGGCUCCUAUUCUUUACUUGGACGAAAUGGUUCCGCCGGAUGGAUUCUUUCAAAUUGUCUCCCGGGAUUACAGGGAAUCUAGUCGAAGUUGCUAUGAAACUAUAAAGGCAUCGUGGGACAAAAUAGCUAAAGUCGCUUCCCAACCCAAUGGUCUCUCAAUCCUUAGUCAAAAAUUCAAAAGCUGCGGAAAUCUAAGUGAUGUAUCGGAUCUCACAUCAUACCUAGUGACCAUAUACGUACAAAAUGCAAAAUUUGACAUUCCACCAAUCUAUCCCGUUGAUAUGAUAUGCCGUGGCAUCGAUGAAGCUCGAAAUGAAACGGACAUAUUGGAUCGAAUAUUUGCCGGUCUAGUUGCCAUUGCAGGCAAUAGCUCUUGUUAUAUAAAUGCAAGUAGGCUGACCGAUAGCAAUUCACUUUUAAGUUGGAGUUGGCAGACUUGCAGUGAUCUUGUGUUCACUAUUAGCACUGGUAAUGACACCAUGUUCCCUCCAAGUUCAUUUGACAUUGAAAGCUACAUCGAGCAAUGUAAGAGUGCAUACGGUGUUCCACCCAGACCUCAUUGGGUCACAACCUAUUUUGGAGGCUAUGACAUAAAAUUAGUGCUGAAAAGGUUUGGAAGCAACAUCGUAUUCACUAAUGGUUUGAGGGAUCCGUGGAGUGCUGGAGGGAUACUGGAAAACAUAUCGGACAGCAUAAUUGCCGUUGUUACCAAAAACGGAUCGCAUGCUCUAGAUUUGUUUACAGCUAAGAAAACAGAUCCGGAAUGGUUGAUGAAACAACGCAACACAUCACUUGAUAUAAUUGAAGGAUGGAUUUACAAGUACUAUGAUGAUCUCCAUGCCCUAAAUCUAAUUAACAACUAA